AUGCACCCUACCCACGAGCGACUAGACGAGGAGCCUUUGGCAGACUCCAGAGUCGUAGUGGAUGAAGCCCUAAGCGGACAAUCGAAUCUGGAGUCAGCUUGCCACGCGCUCGGUCUAGCGCUAGAUGAUUUGCAGACCCUGGUCGACGAGUUUUUCGACACCUUUCCAUCUUUCCAGCUCUUCCACCGCCCCACAUUCUGGGACAAGCUACAACAGCUGCAGAGCAAGAACGAGUUAAAUGCUCUUGUAGCCGCAGUGCUCAUCUUCGCUUUCAAGGAUCAGGAGGCCAGUCAUGACCCUUCUGUGGCAGCCGCAGCGGCCCGAAUCAACCCCGAUUCGACCAAAGACUUGUCUCAGCACUUCGGCAAUUUGGCUGAGCAAUUUGCUGAACAGGCCAUGCAUGAACAUGCAGAACAGGGAGUGCCAUUGUCACUUCUUCAGGCCAUGAUCUUAAUCAACCAUUGGCUGCUGAUCAGGUCAGUGCGGGGCAAGUCAUGGCGCUAUUUGGGCAUUUGUAUCCGCUGCGCCUAUGAAAUGAAUCUUCAUGCCGUCGACAAAGGUACACAGCCACACAGCCAGAUCGAGGAUGUCGAUCAAUGGCGCGAAGACGAAGAAAAGCGACGAGCAUGGUGGGCAAUAUGGGAAAUGGACGUCUUUGCAAGCGUAGUGCGUCGCUGUCCCACCGGCAUUGAUUGGUCUUACAACGAAACAUUCCUCCCGGCCCCAGACAAGAACUGGUUUAUGGAUGCGCCGCAGGAAAGCUGCUGCCUCGACCCGAACAUAGUUGAUCGAUGGAAAAAAUUGAGAUCGUCGGGGAACAAGUCGUACAAAGCGUGGUUCCUGGUUGUCAACUCAAUCGUCAAGGAUGCGCAGAAUGUGACGCAACAGGACGACAACCAGCUCCACAUGGUGAAAUCUGGAGAGAAGUAUCGGCACAACAAAUACUCUGAUCCUGCGCAGAUCCAACUAGAACAGAAUCGUCGGCUACGAGAUGCCCGAGAAGGCUAUAACAAGGUCAGCACCCUACACAACGUGCUUCAAUGUGUAGUCGAAAUGAUGCCGGCGGAGCUUCGAUACCAGAACCAAUUUCUCAAUUUCUCCCCCCGGGAUUCCGAGUCCCCUGCCACCUCGACACGCCUCCUGCACCAAGAGAUAUACACCAUGCAUAUGGUGGUGCAGUUGGCUAGGCUGAUGAUCUACAAGUAUUUUAUCUUUCGAGGCCAAAUGAGCUGGAUCCACCUGGAGACGGAAGUCGCCAAAUUCAAAGAACACGCCGAGAGCGGACUUGCGCCGCAGAGGCAAUUUGGCAGCACUGCUCCAAACAAUGCUUCGAGACAAUCCUUUGUGCUGUAUCUUCAGGCGUCUCAGAGUGUAGUCAACAUCAUCCAACGAACCCAGAGAGACCAUUACAAAUUUGUCAACCCCUUUCUGGCGAAUACAAUAUGGCUGGCGACUGCGGUCCAGAUUCUGAAGCGUGAAUUGUUACAAGCCGACACCUCUGAAAAAGGAUUGACCGCAUCCAACGCCGAAUUGCUCCGUGUGACGUAUCUCCAGUUCGAAAGUUACUGGGGCAUCUCAAACAUGCUCGAGAGAAACUUGUCUGCACUAGAGGUUGAGCUGAACAAUAUCGGGGACAGUUCACGCAGGACAAAGUCCAUAGAGAGAGACCUGACGGCAUCACCGCGGCCAUCUGUCCCAUCCUCGUUGAAUCACGGACGAGAUGUGUCGUAUAGCGGUGACCUGCACCAGUGGCGUGAACACCCUGGGAUGGGUGCCAAUCAACCUCUUCCUUCUCAAGCACCACCAGUCUCAAACCAAGGGAUCUCUUCACAGACGCUGACGCCGCCUACAUCUGCUGGAGACAACGCACCUGACCAGGCUGAAGCUACCCAGGGGGUACAGCGGAAGAGCAACAAUAACAACAAUAACAACACCGCCGCCCCGACCGUCCCACAGCGCUUCCCGAUUCCCGCAGAAAACAGUCAGUCCAACUUGUUUGGAUCGAGAAAUCCAGACCAGAAUGUUGGGGGCCAGAUCUCGAACGCAACUUUCACAACAGAUCGCCAAUCACCAAAUUAUUAUAACCAAGACCCCUUCCUGACAGGGUUCCAGAAUGACCCCAUCAUGUCGAACUCGCCAGCCUUUUUCAACUCGUUCUUGGCUCUUUGCGACACCGCUGGGCCAUUCACAGCCGGAGCGGGGGAUUUGUCUGGCACUCUCGACAGCAUGCUGUCGGGACCCUUUGUCUGA